AUGAAGCACCUGUCCCUCCUCGUUUUCGGCCUGCUGGCCUGGCUUGUGGCCGGCGUGGCGGGCACCAUCCCCGCCACGCUGUACCGCGGCGACUCGCGCGACCCGUCCACCAUCAAGGCGGCCGGCGGCUUCAAGAGCAAGGGCGCGUCGCACCGGCUGGGCCCGGACCCGGUCGCCACCGUGUUCCAGCACGUCGAGGGCACGCUCAAGUACCCGUCGCGCGACCCCUACGUGUCGACGUCGAGCGAUCUCGCGCAGGCGCGCAAGAAGGCCGGCAAGACCGGGUACGUGUACACGAUUGACACGGCGGGCAUCACGGGCCUCUUCACCGACGUGGCGGCGGCGUACGCGGCCGCCCAAAAACGGUACGGCCACGCCGACGAGAAGGAGUUUGCGGCGCUGGGGACGAUUCCGUGGUCGCACGUCACGUCGAUCCAGGACGGCAAGGGCAAGGCCGUGGCGCUGCCGACGAAGCGGGCGGCGGGCGCGGAUGCCGACGUGGAGGUCGACGUGGGGGCUGACGACGACAACAACAACAACUGGGCCACAGACUGGGACCACGAGGAAAAUACCGACGACCUCGACGCUUUGGAUGGCGCCGCCCAAGACGAGACACCCGUGCUGCGUCGUGUUGCCAAGCCGCUGCGUGUGUAA